AUGGCACAAACUAGGAUUGCGGAACUGGCCUCGAUCAUUUCGACUCAAACAACAAUUGUGGACGAGUACCUCCAGUCUCAUGGAAUCGCCUCGCCAUCCUUUGAUGUGAAUUAUAGCGAGACGCAUCAGACUCCCAAGGAAAUUUCAGCCUCCAAAAGCAUUAUCUUUGAGGCAACAGAGGAAUUGAACAGUCUUAUAGGGGGUCCCGUUGGGGUUCUCACCUUCAUGAAUGUUGUUUUCCACUCGACGGAGAAGCAUCUUCCUGAGAUUACUGACACGGUCGGGGUACCUGAAGCGGAUAUUCGGCGUAUCAUCCGCAUGGCCAAGACUCAUCGAAUUUUCCGAGAGCCACGGGAUGGGAUUGUUGCACACACGUCAAUAUCUAAAGCUAUUGCUACAAUGCCCCUUGUGGAAUCAUGGUUGGGACUUGUAACAGGUGAAAUUUGGCCUGCCUUCACACGGAUGGUGGAUGCUAUUGAAAGAUGGCCGGACUCCCAAGAGUCAAAUGAAACCGGAUACAACCUGGCCACAAACCAAUUUGAUACUUAUUUUGAAGGCAUGAAGAAAAGUACUCAUCGUGAAAAGCGAUUUGCAGAUGUAAUGACUUUCUUCCAUGCUGGUGGCAAAUGGGAAAGAGCCGGGCUGAUUGAACAUUAUAAUUGGGAGAUCAUGAGCGAGGGGCUGGUGGUUGAGUUGGGAGGGUCUCAAGGUGCCAUGUGCAUCGACUUUGCAAGGCGUUAUCCUAAGAUGAGGUGUAUCUCUCAAGACCUCCCUGAUGUGGUUGAAGGCAUAGAAACUCCAGAAGACUUGAAGGGACGAGUAGAGAUUGUUGCACAUGACUUCUUCACGGAGCAGCCGGUCAAAGGCGCCGAUGCAUAUCUGUUUCGGUGGAUAUUCCAUGAUUGGUCUGACAAAUUUAGUAUUCAAAUUCUCAAAAAUUUGAUUCCUGCUCUUAAGCACAGGGCCAAGAUUGUUGUUGGAGAAGUUUGUCUACCAAAACCUGACGGCAAUACCUCGUGUAGGGAAGAAAGGCGAAUGGAUAUUAAUAUAGGAUCCGACUUUACAAUGAAAUCAUGUCUCAAUGGAAGAGAGCGAGAUGCGGACGAGUGGGCUCAGUUGUUUGAGAAGGCUGAUUCGAGAUUUAAACUCCAAGGUAUCGCGGCAGUUCCAAAUUCUAGAUUCUCGGUCAUCGAGGCCAUCUGGGAAGAUGGUUCGGCUCCUGGGCUGUGA